AUGCCGUCUCGGCCCCGCCCCGGAGCAGGCCCGCCCCGCCUAACCGCCGCGAGGCGGUGCCGCGCGCUCCCGCCGCCCCUUCCCGCCAGAGCCCCACCCAGGUCCAGGCAAUGCGCUCUGCGGUGCCUGUUUCCUGCCAUUAAGCGAAGUGGAGACAGGGUUCCCGUGCCCGCCUGUCGCCUGCAGCGCCUCGCUGCCGCCGCCCUCGCCGCAGUUCUCUGA